AAUUUUUCCGCUUCUCAUCCAUUUCAACUCAACUCUCGAGAGCUACUGCCUUUCUACGGACUCAGUUUUCUACCAUCUUGUUGGUCAACUGCAUUCAUUCGUCCGUCUGUCUGCUUAUUUUUUCUGAUGCACUUAUAUCUGAACUUCGGAAUCCUAAAUUGAAGAUUACUGCACUUUGGGAUUUUGCCACUUUUUUUGGUUCCCUAGUUCGUUUAUGGUUGGUAUGCCAUACUGCUGACAAGAUUUGCAAUGCCAAUCAACGAUGCAUUCAUAGCCUGAGACGUCUGAGAGAUUUUGCCAUAUUGGAUAUUAACCCUUCGUAUCAGCGCAGUCAGAUUACAUUGGCGAUAGUGGAAAUUCCCAGGACGCUGCAAAAUUUCAAGUUGUUUGGGGUGAUCACGUUGUCAAAGGAUUUCUUUCUUGGGGUAUUAGAGACAACGGCAGCUUACGCAAUAAUGUUAAAAGAAUUAAACACUUAAAGGCUGGAAAACGUAGUCGAUUUUUCUAUAGGAAUUUCAUGCGGCUUGGGCAGUCAUCGGUAGUAUUACAAUAUUACGCAGCCAUGCAUGGCGAAUAGCGAAUAUUCGCGCUCGCUCAUGGCUCUCAGCUGUUAACGUGUUAAUCACCAUUAAUUGCUUCGCUCUCCUCUUUAUUGACGCUCGCUAAUGAUCAAAAAUUGACGAUGGACGUCUCGUUUGGAACAUUUCAACCUAAUUGAAUACAAUCCGAUCAACAGCACGUUGUCAUGGUGAUGGCAUUUCUCGGAAAAAUGCAUAAAGCCCAUUAGCGGGACUAUGACGGAUUAUGCAGACAUGACUGGGCUAAGGAAUCGGUUCAACGGAUCAGCCUCUGGUCUUCAUCGUCUCCUCCGCUUUCUUGGUCUUGAUUCUGCAACCGGAUCUAGCAAAUGGAAAACUAAACUUUGUGGCAGCAUUGUUUUUUUGGUUAUGUCUCAGGCUGGCCUGUACGUGUUCGUUAUACGUUCACUUCCUCAUUUUAAAGGUUUCCUCGUAAAAUUGAUUGCCAGCAUUAUCUUGUUCGACCGCUUUACCCGUUUCUUCAGCGUCUGCAGCAUUCACCUAGUUUUACUUUUGAAAUUGAACCGAUUUCUGGACUCAUUUUGCAACCAACUGAAUCCGGUUGAUAUACAGUUGUGCCUUCCUAAGUUGUCCGGAGUUCGUCGUUUCGCCACCGCCGGAGUAGUUUGGACCCUUUUCGUGUGUAACAGUCAAGCCAUUUGCGCAACAUACGUGGAGCUCGUGGAAAGUAACAGGAAACAUUCUAUCUCUCUACUUGAAAGACUACAGCAAUUCAUUCGUCUCGAGAGUUAUAUGAUUUUAGAUGUGUCUGUGGUAAUCUUUUGCACCUGCGGGGAACUGUUGGUCAUCUUUUAUCGACAAUUGGCUGAAGAAGUAAUUGUUCGUCCGUCUUCAAAAGAAUUUUUCCGCUUCUCAUCCAUUUCAACUCAACUAUCGGGAGCUACUGCCUUUCUGCGGACUCAGUUUUCUACAGUUUUGUUGAUCAACUGCAUUCAUUCGUCCGUCUGCCUUCUUCUGUUUUCUGAUGCAUUUAUAUCUGAACUUCGGAAUCCUAACUUGAAGAUUACUGCACUUUGGACCUCUAUCACUUUGGUUGAUUGCCUAGUUCGCUUAUGGUUGAUAUGCCAUACUGCCGACAAAAUUUUCAAUGCCAAUCAACGAUGCAUUCGUAGCCUGAGAUGUCUGAGAGACUGUACCAUAUUGGAUAUUAACCCUUCGUAUCAGCGCAGUCAGAUUACAUUGGCGAUAGUGGAAAUUCCCAGGACGCUGCAACACUUCAAGUUGUUCGGGAUGAUCACGUUGUCAAAGCAACUCGUUCUUGGGGUAUUGGAGACAACCGCAGCUUACAUAAUAAUGUUAAACGAAUUAAAAAGUUAGAAGUAGAUGUAAGUUAAAUGUUUUUUUUUAACUAAUGCUUAAUACUGUUUUACGUACUUGUAACUUGACACUGCAAAAACAACU